UCGAUGUCGGUGCGCAGUGCACAGGUCCAUUCACUAUUGCCCAGGUCUUUGCUUAGUGUAACAACUUAAAACGAGUGAAGAACGGUAUUUCUUGUCAUCUGUAUCGAGGCAGCAUUGUAAGAUGGUGGCCGGAUAAAAUUACUUUGGAUUUUUCUACCCCCUUUGCUGUGUCAGCGCACCACAUAACGACUGAACCCUGAGAUGACCGAGGUGGAGCCGGCGUUGGACUUUGCCUCCUCAAGCCGCUCGGGGCGGCGCAAUGCCCUGCCCGACAUCCUGGGCUCCCCGGCGGGGGUCAGCCCCACUGACCUGCCCCUCAAGCUGGCUGAACUCUCCGUCACAGAUGGUCCAGGUGGAGCCCAGUCGCCCACCUCAGAGGAAGCUCCAGCACCACCGGAGAGUGCCGAGGUCAAGGAUGGCUCCUAAAACCCCCCUUCCCCACCACCAGGGGGCGCUGUCGGACUUCUCUUCACUAGGGGGCAGGAGAGGGUGGAAGAGGGAGAAUGGAGGGGGGAAGAGGAGGGGUGCAACAGAUGCCCCACUAGCUGAGCUGCUGGGAGUGAACUGUGGGGUCACCAGCGGUGUGACCACCUGACACUUGACUGUAGAGGAACACAUGCCUGUGUGUGUGUGUGUGUGUGUGUGUGUGUGUGUGUGUGUGUGUGUGUGUGUGUGUGUGUGUAAACAUGU